GUAUGAGACAGAAAGAAUCGACGUCACCGCUUGUGUGUUUACCUGGGUCAAAGUCUAGACCACGACAGCCCACGCUUUUCAGACACUUGCCUCCUUUUACUUCCGUAUUGUGAACUUCACACACACAGGUAGCUAUGGCCAAAUUGCAGACAUUUAAUCACCCACGAGAACUCUCCGUAUCUUCGGUUCGCGCGGAUUGAUGCGACCUGCGGAGCCAGGACGAUCUCCUGCACCAUGGAUCCAGAUUCGCCUCUGACUCCACAGCUCCUACUCAAUCUGGACUCGAAUGACGCAGAGCUUCUUCGUGACCUGGGAUUACCGGAUCUACUUGAACACGAUCCUCGGCCUACGUUCGUGCUGGAUGCCACAAAUGAGAACAACUCUGCCUUUGAGAUCAGACUCGCAUUCUGCAAUGCUGCGUUUGCCGCUGUAGAGUCAGGAGCAUUGGAAUCUGCCCUGGAUGGUGGGGGAAGCCCGAUUGGCAAAGAGAAUGCCGCGUCGUUUUCGCAGUUUCGACAGUGGGCGUGUUGCAAUGGCUUGACCUCACGAAUCCCUAAGUCUUUUGGUGGGUAUAAUUGGAGAAGAUUCCUAAUCGCAAAGCGUUGGAUUGUGAUAAAUGGAACACCCACGAAAGCCGCUCGUGUCAACCAAGCAGUGACAGAAGACGAUGCACCACUUUCAAGGACCCAUUCCAAAGCAUCAUUUACGACAUUCGACUGGACAGACGAUCCUCCACCAGUGAAGUUGUCUUCCCAUGUUGCGUGGGCGCGUAGCAUCGACUGGGCGAACACUCCAUUGGGACCGAUGAAGGGAUGGUCACCCCAGCUUCGCAGUAAUGCUAGCUUGAUCAUGCAAGACCCACGGCCGGCCGUCGGCUUCUAUGGCCAGGAACUUAUAAUGAUCUACAAUGAGCCAUACAUUGAGCUUCUUGGGGAUAUUCAUCCAUGUAUGGGUCGCAGCGCACGAGAGGCUUUGGCCCCAAUCUGGGACGAAUAUUUCGAGCCGAUCAUUGUGCGAAACAUUGCCGGCGAAACCGUGGAUAACUCUCACACCGAAAUUCCAUUGAAUCGCAAUGGCUUCGUGGAAGAAACAUACUUUUCCACUCGUUUCAUACCGAUUUUCAACUCGGAGGGCGCAACGAUUGGUCAUUACGAGCCCGUGGUUGAAAUUACUAAGGAAGUGAUCUUGGAGAGACGAUCUCGUACCCUUCUAGAGUUGAGCCAAGAGCUACCCCGAGCUCGCGACAGUGAUACGUACUGGGAUCAUGCGGCGCAGGUAUUCUCCAGCAACCAAAAAGAUGUUCCAUUUGCGCUCUUCUAUUCGAAUGAGACCGCUGACAAAGGAAUGGAAGCUAAUACUGAUUCCAGUGGGGGUCUUGAUCGCCGAUGUCAAUUCAGACAUCGACGAUCCACUGGACUCCUCGAUGAACCACCCUCCGGCUUUGAGAUACUCGACAUACGUCUAGAAGAGGGCAUCAAUAAGUUUCUCAAGCAGGCUAUCAUCGCAGACAGACCCAUUGCUGUAGAUAUCGCUCACGAUCUUGAUCGGGAAAACCUGGCAGAAGGGCUACAACCCCUUAUUUCAGGUGACAUCUGCAGAUCAGUCGUUAUUUGUCCUCUACGCUCAUCGUCCUUGAACGAUACAAUCCUUGGUUUCAUGAUACUUGGUUUAAAUCCCAGAAGACCUUACGAUCAAGCCUAUUCGCAGUUCGUUUAUGAGGCGACGCGUCUCGUUUCCGCAUCGUUAGAUUCGCUGAUUCUGCACGAAGAAGAUAUUGGGCGUCGGGAACAUACUGCUGAGCUUAUCAAGACCGAGCUCAGACAACAGCUAGUGGAAUCCCAAAAGAAGGCCGACCGUGGCCACUCCAAAUUUCAGCGUUUCGCAGAACGAAGCGACAUUGGAAUCUUCAUCAUCGACGCAAAGAUGGAAGGUAUCUACUCUUACCGCAAUGAGGCUUGGUUUAGUAUUUGUGGUACUAAAGACCGCACUCUUACUCUUGCCGAGGCGUGGGACGUGAUUGUCGAUGACGAGUAUGCCGUGUUUGGCAAAACCAAAUUCGAAGCGCUUCGGAUGACCAAAAAACCACACACGUGGUCCGUAUCCAGCAGUACUGGUGUGGACGAUUCACCAUCUGAGGAACAAAAGAAGUGGGUACUGUGUUCAAUAUUUCCAGAACUCUCAGACGAAGGUGAGAUCUUGGAGCUUGUCGGGUGCAUAACCGAGAUCUCCAGGCAGAAGUGGGGUGAACAGUUACAAGCGGUCCAAGCCACACAAGCAAGGGAAUCAAAACGGCAACUCGAGAGCUUCAUUGACACAACAUCACAUGAGAUGCGAAAUCCGCUGUCUGCAAUCGUCCAGUGUGCAGAUAGUAUUAUAGCUUCCCACAAGAUCUUGGAGCAGGCGUCUUGUUGCGACGAGAACUACCAACGGACUUUACUUGCUACAGUAGAUUCCGCCGAGACAAUAGUGCAAUGUUCAAAGCAUAUGAAAACUAUAGUUGACGAUGUCUUAACUAUAUCCAAGUUGGACUCUGGUCUGUUUGCCAUGACCCCGAUCGAUGUUCAACUUGAGUCAACUGUUAGAGACGCAGUCAAGAUGUUUGAAGGGGAAGCUAGAUCAGCUGGUAUUGACCUUGAGUUUUCCAUCGAGGACUCGUGCAGGGAGUUUGGCAUUGUUGACAUCUCACUCGAUCCAACAAGGGUUCUGCAAAUACUCAUUAACCUCAUUACUAACGCCAUUAAAUUCACCCGUUUAGAAGCCAAAAGGCACAUCCUUGUCGGUUUGAGCUUAUCACUUGAGCGACCCACACACGACUCUGACGGAAGAGUUGAAUACAUACCACGGACAGAGAACUCAGAAGCCAAGACCUUGCUAGAAGAUUGGGAAAAAGGUCGAAACGUCUUCGUGCGCUUCUCUGUGCAGGACACCGGCACGGGAAUGACCGAUGAGCAGCAUCAUCUCCUCUUCACACGAUUUUCCCAAGCAUCACCGAGAACACAUAUCGACUAUGGUGGCACGGGUCUGGGACUGUUCAUCUCAAGAAGACUGUGCGAGAUGCAUGGCGGAGCCAUUGGCUUCACCUCGGAAAAAGGCGUGGGGAGUACUUUCUCCUUUUACGUGCAAAGCAGGCAGAGCCUGCCGACCUCAUUCGGUAGUGGCAGCGUCGAGCGCUGUGCAACUACCGUCGAUUCAUGUUCUCAGACCCAUGGCUCCUUUUUGCGUAGUACGUCGUACAACAAAGGGAACACUCCGCCUUCGUCGGGUAUAGUCAUCCCCGAGAACAUCAUCCCCGAGAACAUCAUCCCCGACAGCGACCUACAUGUCCUCAUUGUAGAAGACAAUUUGGUCAAUCAACGCGUCCUGGCGAAACAACUACGCAACCUUGGAAUGAAUAUUGCUGUCGCUAACCACGGCGGUGAAGCACUGGAGUACCUGCAAACAACCAAAUUUUGCAUUGGAGAUGAGUCUGGUACCGAGUUGACACUUAUUCUUUUAGAUUGGGAGAUGCCAGUAAUGAACGGACUCGAAUGCGUGACGAAUAUUCGGAAGAUGCAAGAAGAAGGCAGGAUAAGUCGUCACGUUCCUGUCAUAGGGGUUACAGCGAACGUCAGAUCGGAGCAGGUUGGGAUGGCGUUGCGAGCUGGUAUGGACAAUGUCAUCUCCAAGCCCUUCCGGAUACCCGAGCUUCGUGACUGUAUCCAGAAGACACUACGUGUUACAUCGUUAGCCAGGUCUACAGCCGUGUAG